GUUAGAUAUUGUGCAAAGGGAGUGAGAGAAAAAGAAAGGAAGAGUAAGACUGUGUGUGCAUAUUUGUGUGUGUGUGUGUUUGAGAGACAAGAAGCAGUUUGAUAUGGAAAGGAUUCCUGUACUCUAAAAGCAUGUUUGCGCCAAACCAGGGAGCGAGACAGAGAGAGUAUGUGUGUGUGUGUUGGUUUGUUUACAGUUUGCUGUCUGUGUGCCAUCUGGUGAUGUCUGUUUGUACUGCACAUGUACCUUAUGAUUGCCUGGCUGUCUGUGUUUGACAGGUCGGCUGGUAUGCCAGGCCCACGGUCAGAGAGGAGCGGUGACAGUCACUGCCCAGAUCUACUGGUCUUCAGUGGUCGGCUCAGUGACUCUGCGACUGGUUGAGGACGUUCAGUGGGGCACUCGCGCCAUCACUCUUUACAACCACCCACUCGUCACGGAGAACCUUACUCUGGUUCAAGGCUCAGGGCAUUUCAUAGUUAGCCUGCAGGACAAAGAGCUGGCCAACGUCACUUAUCAGGAGAAAUCCAAUACUGUACAGGUGUCCCCACUGCGUGUUGGCUUCUCCUCCCUGAAAGUGUAUGAUCUGUGUUUGCCAGUUGUCGACCGUGGGAGCACGCUGGCCAUCUCUGUGUCAGACAUCGCUGACUUCCACAUAGACUUCAUGGACAUUGUGGAAGUAGGACACAGUGCCCUUGUGCGUGUGCGAGUGUUGGAUUCUCACCAGCAGCCAUUCUUACAUCACUUCCUGUCCCUCAUGAAGCUCAAGCUUAUCCCCUCAUCAGCCAUUGUCACUGUGGAGAAUGUGGGACCACUGGACAAAGUUUCUGUGGGGUUUCGCAUUUUGGGUCAGGAAGUGGGUGUGGCCACCCUGCACCUAUCAGCAAUGGACAGGAAUGGAGCCGUCAUCAACUCUGCCCACAAACACCUGCAGAUUUACCCACAAUUCACUUUGCAGCCCCGCAAACUCUCCCUCGCUCUUGGCAGCAUACGACAGGUGAAAUGGGAAGGUGGUCCGCACCCACAGUCCAGCGUUGGUUUCUCCGUGAGUGACAGUGAAGUUGCUACAGCAACAGACACUGGAUUGGUCAAAGGUGUGUCAGUGGGUGUUGCCAAACUCAGAGGAGCCUUGCAGACCAUCAUGCAGGACACUGGAGCGCUGCUUACAUUUGCACAGGAUGAGGUGGAGGUGGAAGUGUUUGAGUUGACAGGGGUGCGCAUACAGGCCCCACUGGUCAGGCUGACUGUGGGCACAGAGAUGCCGGUGUAUGUGAUGGGGAGUGAUAGCAGCCAGAGUCCUCUCUCUCUGGGCAGUGUGGAGAGUGGGCUCAGCUUUCACUGGACUCUGGGCAAACUAGGCGUGCUGGAGAUCCUCCCACGACACACCAGAGCAGGGAUCAGCGUGUCACACACACACAGUUUCUCCGUCCUGGUAAAAGCGUGGGCUGCCGGUAGGACCUCUCUGCGAGUGUGUGUGCGACCUGCACCCACAGACUCUUCAGCUGAGGACGAACACGCUUACUGUCCCUUCUCAGAUGAGAUACACAUACUGGUGUUUGAAGAAAUGAAGUUGGCUGCAGGAAGCCCACAGUCCAUUCUCAUGUCACCUCACUCUACAUAUCCCCUUCAGAGCAACAAAGACUCCAUCUGCCUGAUGCGUUACACCCUCCAUCAGAGUGUCCAGGGGCAUGGUCUCGUCACCGUGGAUGAUCAGGGGGUGCUGAGGGCGGGGUCUAAGACCGGCGCUGCGCUCCUGGAGGUCAUCGCCACGGAAACAUGUGGGGUCAACCAAACCCUUCUCAUCAGUGUCAAAAUAGCAGCAGUGUGGUUUGUGCGGGUGUUUUCGGACUCGACUCUGUACAGUGAGGGAGGGGCGUCUCUGUCGGCCUUUCCCCUGGGGUGGAGCAUCCACAUCCGGGCGCGCUGCUACGACAACCUGGGCCAAGAGUUCCAUGCCCACGAUAUACCCAUACGCAUCACAACAAACAGAGAUGAUUUGGUUCAGAUAACUUCGGGCUCAGAUAGUCACUCGUUUGUGGUGCAGACGGUGUCGGCCGGUCUGACCGUUUUGGGGGUCCAGGGAGACGCCACUAACCCCUCUCUCAGUGACUACACCCCCCUGCCCGUGCUGCCUGCCAUCUCUGACCCCCCGGCAAACAUCCGGCCCGGAGACGUCAUCUGCUUCAGCUCCCCACUCACCAAUAAGCAGGGCCAGCCAGGCACGUGGAAUGUGUCGUCCAGCCGAAUACUUCAGAUAGACGCUAGCACUGGGGUGGCGCUGGCAAAGCAUGCUGGGACAGUGGUGGUCUACUACUGGCUGGGCGUGGAGCAGCAAGCUCUCAAAGAGGUGACAGUAGAUCCUCUGGCCGUCCCAACCCUUAACCCUCCUGAGAACACGCACCUCACCAACUGGCCCCAAGCCCCUGACUACGACAUCAACGUGAACCUCAACACCUCUAUGGCCAACUCGGCCCAGUGUUCUCUAGACCAGAGCGAGUUCAUACAGAAGAGGCUUCGGCCAGAGGAGGAGCUGCUCUGCUCGCUGCACUUCAGCGCCCCCUACCAGCAGGCCAACUUACUGCAGUCAGUCUUCACCACCACUCCCCAGUACAAUAGGGGAACGGGCCAGUAUAGCUGCAGGAUCUCUGUGCAUCCCCAGUCAGACUCUGCCCUCCCCCUCCUCUCCACGCUCCCCCUCUUCGUCUCGCUCUCGGCUGGCCUGCGGGGUCAGUCGGCCAUCCCAGACCUCUCUCCCUCCUUCCUCUCCUCCUCCUCCCCCUCCUCCUCCUCCUCUGUCACUGUAGCCCUCCCGUAUGUCCCAGCAUUCCACUGCCCCCAAACACACGUCAGCCUCUCCCCACGGCAGCCUGUGGCCGAGCUCUCUGUGCAGGGAGUACAGCACAUGCUCAGCACACUGAAGUUCUACUCAGACAACCCGGCCAUCUUGCUGUCUGGGCCCUCCGUGUCGGAGCAGGACCCAACCCAGCUGCUGGUGUCUCUGCGCACCUCCCACUGGUACUACCCGUCAGACGGGGAUCCACUGUCGGCCAACGUCACCAUCUACAGCAGCCUCUCCCCCCAGACAUACACCCUCACAGUCGCCAUCCUACCCGACAGACGCGCUGGCUCGGGUGCAGCGGAGGAAUCCCAGACAGAUGCUGGUGCCUUCUCUAGGCUGUUGGAUUUCCAGCUUCUCCUGACAUUUGCUAUGUUCGCCAUUCUGGCCGUAACUGCUACUCUGUUCAUAGUUUACAACACCAUGCUGGCUUCACCUUCGGUCAACCCGUCAACCCCAGUCAGAGGUGAGGAUCUUGGCCUACCAGGCCCUAACUGGAGCUUACUGUAGCAAUUCUCUGCAAUCAAUCAUGUAAUCACCCUGGCCACAAAGAGCCCUUAAGACUGCAGGGUGUGGUCUGCAAACCGUUGGCAUGUCAUCAUAGCAGAACUGUACAUAGGUUUGAAUGCAUUAAAUUAACUAUUCUAAGUAUUCAUGCAACUUAGGUAUAGGAUUCAACCCCUUUCACUAGUAGUGUCAGGAAUGAUCUUGUUGGGUGAAGAGCUGCUGCCACACUGGUUUCUGGUGGAGGUUCCUUCCCUGAUGUGGUCUUGGCAUAAAACCACCCUGAUCAAAUCUGAAUGUUUGUGACGCUGAGUUUAGAUGAUGUUUAUGAAGACACUGCCCCGUGUUUUCCCCAGUUGAUGGUAGACAGGUGACCCUAUCGCCGUGGAUACGACCCUCUCCUCAGACGGCCAAGCCAGUGCGACGCAGGCAGUGGCUCUGGAGCGCACGCACAUGAAAUGCCAUCACACACACACACAACCUACUUUCUGAGGACAUAAUA